AUGAUAAAUACUAAGGAAAUCACCACUAGAUUACAACAAUAUGAUAGCAAAGCUUUAGAAUUGUCUAUUGUUACUGAGACAAUAACCAUCCAACCAGAACCAGUUCCCUCAAUUUCACCAAUUGAACUUCCUAAAAACAUCCAAGUUAGUGAACCUAAAUGUUGUAAAGAAAUCAAAAUAGAUAAAGGCAAAGCCAAAGAAGUUAUAUCCGAACAGACAGGAAAAACUUCCCUCUCAGCCCAAAUCCAAAUCCCACCAAAAUCUAACUAA